GACUUCCUGUGUCACUGAGGCUCCGGGCUACUCAGCGAAAUGGCUGCGUUCCUGCGAGCUCGUAAAUAUGUUCGUUGUGUUGUGCGUUUCUCCGACCGUGAACUGUAAACGCAAGCGUUGAGAGAUUGUUACGGAUAGAAGAAACGACCUACUGGCCAAGCUGUCAUGGCAGAAGAAAAUGCAGAUAUUGGAGGUGCGGUAGAGGACGAAGAUGAAGGUUCAGAUGACCCAAAUCUUCAGCUGGAGCUCAAUGCGUUCAGAGCCCGGUGGAUGUCUGAACUCAAACCGAGCUCUGGAGCAAGUGGGGGCCGACUGACGCAUGUCAAAGGUUUGAAGAGGACGCUCGAAGUUGCUCGGGAGGAAAAGGCUACAGAGCUGUUCUUGAGAGCUGUUCAUGAGGAGCAGAAGGGAGCGAUGUAUGAAGCUAUCAAAUACUAUCGCAUGUCGAUGCAGCUUGUGCCUGACAUUGAGUUCAAAGUCAACUACAGCCGUACUCCCGAUGGAGAGCGAGUUGGUGGACACUACAUGCAGGAGAGCGGCGUUGACGGCGAAAUCGAGGAUCUACUUGCGUACUUUGAGCAGCAGCUCACACUGGAAUGCUCUUUUCCAAAGAUCUGCACUCCUGAGCAAGAAAUGACUCGGGUGCACAUUUCAGCCUUGCCCCGGGAAAUCCUGAUGUACAUAUUUCGUUGGGUUGUGUCCAGUGAUCUGGACAUGAGGGCUCUGGAGCAGCUCUCAUUGGUUUGCCGUGGGUUUUAUAUUUGUGCAAGGGACCCUGAGAUCUGGCGUUUGGCCUGUUUGAGAGUGUGGGGACGGAACUGCACCAAACUGGGUCCCUUCAAGUCCUGGAGAGAGAUGUUUCUGCAGAGGCCACGCGUCCGUUUUGAUGGGGUCUACAUCAGUAAGACAUCGUACAUCCGCCAAGGAGAGCAGUCCCUGGAUGGGUUUUACAGAGCGUGGCACCAUGUGGAGUACUACAGGUACCUUCGGUUCUUCCCUGAUGGUCAAGUCAUGAUGCUGACGACCCCCGAGGACCCACUGUCUGUCGUUCCUCGUUUGCGAACCGCCAACUCCAGAAUAGAUUCAGUUCUGCUCGGUCAUUUCCGUCUGUCACAGGAGACAGACAAUCAAACCAAAGUUUAUGCUGUCGUCUGCAAGAAAAAGGAGGAGAGAGCGACUGAGAUCACGAGAAAUCGGUUCUACAGGCGGAACCCAGCUCCUGAGGCAGAGCACAGCUUCCACGUUGGACUGCAUCUGUCCUCUGGGGGGCGCCAGAGCUUCAGUAAGCUGGUGUGGAUCCACCACUCCUGUCACAUCACUUACAAACUUACUGGGGAAACAGUCGUCACAUCGUUCGACCUGGACAGGAUGUACUCACCGUUUUUCUUUGCACGUGUGAAGAGUUACACAGCUUUCUCCGAGCAGCCGCUGUAAGCAACUCAAUGACCUGCACGCAAUCCCACCUACGACGACGACAGAAGCAGCUGUCACUUCACUUUAAUAAAACGCAGAUUCUCAGCCUGGUUAAAUUGUGCUGCAGUGUUUAAAACAAACCCUAAUGUUUCCUACACGCAAGCAUGUUACGUUUUCAGGUUUACAUGAUAGAAAUUACUUAUUUUUCUGAUUUCAGAAAUGCGUUGAAAGCUAAAAUAAUUAGCAGCCUCUCUCACCUAUUCCCAGUUAUGAAUGUUCAUGCUGUUUUCAGUUCAUGUUGCACUUUCUUCAUCAAAUAAACAGUGGUGAACAGAC